AUGUUGUAUUCCAAGACUUUUACCGCAGCCAUUUUGGGCUGGUUUGGCACGGCUGUUGCAGAUGUUACGCUGAUUGACCCAAAUACACGGUUCUCAAAUCUAUCCCUUAGUCUCCCACCCUCCUCCGAGAUCGUGCUCCAAUCUUCCUUCUCCACCCCCCCUGACUGCGGCGAGACGAGCUAUGUCGGCACCGGGCGCCUUUCUGGCAUGAAGGCUUUGAUCACUGGUGGUGACUCGGGUAUUGGGAGAGCCAUUGUGAUUGCCUACCUUCGCGAAGGUGCACAUGUAGCCAUCAACUAUUUGCCAGAGGAAGAAUCAGACGCACAGGCCCUUGCAGACUUCCUUGAACCCGAGGGCUUGACCUUUGAGAGAAUCCCUGGCAACCUCCUGAACGAGACUUUUUGCACUGAGUUGGUGAACGAGGCUCAUCGGCGGCUUGAUGGAUUAGAUGUUCUUAUCAACCAUACUGGAGUAUCUGGGAUCAUAUCGGGCCCCAACUACCGCCCCAUUGAGAAGAUGGACACUGCCGAACUCGACCGGGUCUUUAAGAUAAAUCUCUACGCUCCCUUGUUCCUGACUCGCGCAGCUGUACCUUUGCUCCCCCCUGGAGGCAGCAUCCUGUUCACCACCUCGGAUCUUGCCGAGAAUCCAUCAAGCACCACCUUGAUCUACUCCGCCACCAAGGCUACCAAUGCGCACUAUGUCAGAGCUCUCGCACUGCAGCUUGCAACCAAAGGAAUCCGUGUUAAUGGAGUGGCACCCGCCAUAACAUACACACCGUUCUUGGCUGCAGGAGGUUUCGAUACAGAGACAAUGCUAGCGAUUGGCGCGUUGAACCCCAACGGACGGGUAGAGCAGCCUGUGGAGCUCAGCCCGCUUUAUGUUGACCUUGUGGAGCCGUCAAAGACUUUUGUCAGCGGUGAGAUAUACUCAGCAGUCGGAGCAAACAUUGCACUCUAA